AUGCAAUUAGUAUUUAUAUUUACAAUUAUAUUAUUAUGGUUUAUACAUAUUACUCAACAAUUUACUAUUCAUCGUAAAUAUUAUCCACAACAAAUACAAUUUUCAUCAAUUCCUGAACAAUUUAUUGAAGAAGUUGAUAAAGUUCAAGAAAUACAAGAUGAAGAACAUGAAUUAUCACAUCGUUCUAAACAUUUAACAGAUCAUCAAUCAUUAUUAACAACUUAUCGUAAUCCAUUUUCAUCAUUAUUAAAACGUAAACGUCAUUCAAAAUCAACAGAUUCACGUUUAUCUAUUAGAAAAGAUUUUAUUACGAAUAAUAAUAAUGAUUCAAAAUGUGGUUUAAUGUGUCAUUUAUUAUGUCGUCCCGGUUGUUCUAAAAUUUGUUAUUCAUCUUGUACUUAA